GUGGUAAUUCGAAGGUGCGCCUAGUACGCAGGCGCCCUCAGCAUUCUCCCCGGCACGUGACGAGACGCCAAGGACGUCACGUGAGACAGGCGGAGAGCUCGCGGGCGCAGCGGGGUUCGGCGGCGCCAGGCGAGCACCAAAGUGCGGCAGUUCACCCGACAGAGCUCAACGGAGCUGGACGGCCAUGCCCAAGUACUGCAGGGCUCCGAACUGCUCCAACACUGCGGGCCGACUGGGCGCGGACAACCGCCCUGUGAGCUUCUACAAGUUCCCACUGAAGGAUGGUCCCCGGUUGCAGGCCUGGCUGCGGCACAUGGGUCGUGAGCACUGGGUGCCCAGCUGCCACCAGCACUUGUGCAGUGAGCACUUCACGCCCUCCUGCUUCCAGUGGCGCUGGGGUGUGCGUUACCUGCGACCUGACGCGGUACCCUCCAUCUUCUCCCGGGUGCCACCCACCAAGAGCCAGCGGAGUAUCCAAGGUGCAGACAAGCCAGUUGCGCCGCCUCCUCCACAGGCAGCCACAACCCUGACUCCGGGCCCCGCCAUCGCAGCCUCUGGCCCAGUGCACCUAGUGGUGCUGGGUCCUGCCUCGGGGAGCCCCACGACUGCAGCCACUUUCCUUCUGACCCCUCUUCCCCCUCCGCCUGCUCCUGAGCGGCCGCGGCCUGAAGUCCCAGCCUUGCAGGCCCGGGCCAGGCUGGGUGCAGCGCUGGGAGUGCUGCAGCGGCGAGUGCAGAGGCUACAGCGACGCCAGAAGCGGCACCAGGCGCAACUGCAGGCUCUGGAACAGCUGGCACAGCAGCUGCGCAGGGAGAGGCUGCUGGCACGGGCACGGGGUCUGCAGCAUGUGGUGAGAGCUCUCUCUGGACCUGAAGAAUCCCAAACCUUCACCAUCAUCUGUGGAGGGCUGGACGUAGCUGUGGUCCUUUCCCAAGGCCCUGCACCUCCUACAGUGGAUGCCAAGCCUGAGCUCCUGGAUACUGGAACCUCCAGUGCAUGAGGAUCCGAACAGACAAUGUUGAGGAACAGAAGACAGAAGAUGGAAGAAGAGAGACUCGUUACACAUGGGCUUGGCCCAGCCCUGCCAUCCAUGCCUGGGAAGUAGCAGUGCCUCCCUCAAGGGUUCCGUCACCCGCUUCUUAGGGACCCCUUGAACCUUGGGGGUGAUCUGGGCCCAAGUCCCCAUCGGCCCCCAUUCCCCUGGGUGUCAGGCCUCUGCCAUCUCCAACUUAAGUCAGUAAAACACCAUCAGAGCAGAAUGAGACUUGUCUGGGGAGAGUGGUGCUUGGUUCUGAAGAGCCCCUUAUGCCUUUUGACAAGCCUGGUGCUGAAUGGUGCUUACAUUCUACUUGAGUAAAAGGUGAACUAGGAAACUAAUAAACAAGAUAAUUUCAGA